GAAAACCUCAGCUUCCGCAGGCGGCGUGGGGUCGGGUCCGCGGGGCUGUGCUGGCGCUAUGAGUUCCUUCAAGGGGCAGAUGGCCGAGUACCCAACCAUCUCCAUAGACCGCUUUGACAGGGAGAACCUGAAAGCCCGCGCCUACUUCCUGUCCCACUGCCACAAGGAUCACAUGAAAGGAUUAAGAGCCCCUACCUUGAAAAGAAGGCUGGAGUGCAGCUUGAAGGUUUGCUUAUACUGUUCGCCUGUUACUAAAGAGUUGUUGUUAACUAGCCCGAAGUACAGAUUUUGGGAGAAACGAAUCAUAUCCAUUGAAAUAGAAACUCCUACCCAGAUACCUUUAGUUGAUGAAGCAUCAGGCGAGAAGGAAGAGGUUGUUGUGACUCUCUUACCAGCUGGUCAUUGUCCAGGAUCAGUUAUGUUUUUAUUUCAGGGCAAUAAUGGAACAGUCUUGUACACGGGAGAUUUCAGAUUGGCAAAGGGAGAAGCUGCUAGAAUGGAGCUUCUGCACUCUGGGGGCAGAGUGAAAGACAUCCAGAGUGUAUACUUGGAUACUACUUUCUGUGAUCCAAAAUUUUAUCAGAUUCCUAGUCGAGAGGAGUGUCUGAGUGGAAUAGUAGAGCUGGUUCGAGGCUGGAUCUCUCGGAGUCCGUACCAUGUCGUGUGGCUUAACUGCAAAGCAGCUUAUGGGUACGAGUACCUGUUCACCAACCUAAGUGAAGAAUUUGGAGUCCAGGUUCACGUGAACAAACUAGACAUGUUUAGAAACAUGCCGGACAUUCUUCAUCAUCUCACAACAGACCGCAGCACUCAGAUCCAUGCCUGUCGCCAUCCAAAGGCAGAGGAGUAUUUUCAUUGGAAUAAAUUACCUUGUGGAAUUAUUUCCAAAAAUAAAAUUCCACUCCACACAAUCAGCAUUAAACCAUCCACUAUGUGGUUUGGAGAAAGAACCAGAAGAACAAAUGUCAUUGUGAGGACUGGAGAGAGUUCAUACAGAGCUUGUUUUUCUUUUCAUUCUUCCUACAGUGAGAUUAAAGAUUUCUUGAGCUACAUCUGUCCUGUGAACAUAUAUCCAAAUGUCAUUCCAAUAGGCACCACUGUGGAUAAAGUUGUAGAAAUCUUAAAGCCUUUAUGCCGAUCUUCCCAAAGUACAGAGCCAAAGUAUAAACCACUUGGAAAAUUGAAGAGAGCUAGAAAAACUCACCUCGACUCCGAGGAGGAAGAUGACCUCUUUGAUGACCCUGUGCCAUUACCGCUAAGGCACAAGGCUCCAUACCAGCUAACUCUUCACCCUGAGGUAUUUGUAAUGACCGCAGCACAACCCCAGCCUGAACAACAAAGGCAAAGCACCGGCUACCUCAAAGCAGAGGGUAUGCAAACCUCUCCUUGGGCAAACUUUGUAGAUUGUGAAGAAUCUAACAGUGAGAGUGAAGAAGAAUUACAGACUCCAGCUUCGUCUCAAGAAGACCUGGGAGCCGUUACCCACCAGCAGCCAAAGGCUGAUGUAGAAGUACCACAGUGGGAAGUAUUCUUUCAAAGAAAUGAUGAAAUCACAGACGAGGGUUUGGAAAACCCCUCUUCUUCCACAGAGGCAGGGGGCUCUCAGUCACCGAAGCUUUUUAGUGACUCUGAUGGGGAAUCAACUCACAUCUCUUCCCAGAAUUCUUCUCAGUCAACACACAUAUCUGAACAAGGGAGUCAAGGCUGGGACAGCCAAUCUGAUACUGUCUUGUUAUCAUCCCAAGAGAGAAAGAGUGGGGAUAUUACCUCCUUAAACAAAGGUAGCUACAGACCAAGAAUCAAAGAGCAUAUUCCUGCUUCUCAGAUGGAACAAAGUGUACUUUGUCCAAAGGAGACUCACUCUGACUUGAAACACAGAAAUCAAGACGUAAAGAUCGUUCCCAGUGCUGGAGAACCGACUGCUCUAAGCAGUGGGAUACACAUACCUCAGGAGAAAAGUUCGCUAAAUCUUAGCACCACUGCAGACUCCCAGAGCUCCUCAGAUUUUGAAAUUCCCUCAACACCGGAAGCGGAGCUACCUAAAGGAGAGCAUUUACAAUAUUUAUAUGAGAAGCUGGCAACAGGUGAGGAUAUAGUCAUUGAAAAAAGAAAAAGCUCACUCUUAGAUACUUAAAAAUUAAAAACCUUGCGUUCUAGAGCAAUCACUAAAAACCCUACACAAAGAGUUAAGAGUCCAAGUGGUAACAGACACAGGAGAGUGGAGUACUGAAAAAUGCUCCUGUAACCUAAAACAGCACAGUGAAGGGGAAGCAGAGAACAAAAAAUAGUGCUAAAAAAGAGAAAAGAUAUGGUAGAACUAAAUCCUAACACCAAUAAUUACGUUAAGUGAAAAUGGUCAAAACACACAAAUGAAAACAACCCUCCCAUAUGCAGUCACUAAGAAACUCACUGCAAAUGAGGCAGGUAGGUUAAAAGUAAGGGAUGGGAAAAGAUAUCUAAAUACCUUAAAGCUGGAAUGGUUAUAUUAAUAGCACACAAAUUUCUAAUGAUAAAAGGUCCAGUUCACAAAGAAGACACAAGGCUAGAAGUGUAUGUGCCUAAAAAGAGCUUCAAUGUAUACAAAGAAAAAACCAACAAGAAAGACUAAUGCAGAGUUUGAGCUGGAGACUCCCACUCCUCUCUCAGUAACAGAACGAGCAUACAGAAGGUAAGCAGGAAUACAGAAGAACUGAAGAGCACCACCGACCAGCUGAACCUAAUGGACGCAGAACACUCCACCCACUAACAGGUGCCCGUGGCACACUGACCGCACUAGACGACCGUAACCUGCAGGGUCAUAAAAACAUCAAAAAAUCAGCCCCUUAUUUAUCUCAAAAGACAUAUCACUUAAGAGUGCUGGUGUGAAUACAAUGACAAAUGUAAAAGUGGAAAAAUUAGGACCUGAAAGAAAAUAAUUAAAUGGCAAAAGCGUACGUGUGUUCUGGGAGUCGUCUGAUUUCCUUCAAGUCCAUCAGUGGGUUACAUUUUUGCAUAGUUCUGUGUUUCACACAAUCCUAUUAACAGAUUUUCUCCAGCAUUUUGCGGUUUGCUGGCAUUUUACAAAUUAAGGAAGCAAAGGGAGAGAUGGCAAUUAAAACAAGUUUAAGUGACAUCUCUAAGACAGUUUGCAGAUCCAUUUAAAUGAUAAGCAGUAUCGCCAGGCUGCACUGAUCCCUUUUUCCUAGCUCAGCAGCUACUCCCAGCUUUUGAUGAAACACAUUCCACAGACUCCAUAUGACUGAAGUAAAACUAACACGGAUCCCAUUUUGCCCCUCUCCUAUGAGUACUAUUACCUAAAUGCCAAUGAAUAUAAAAUCACUAGAGACCAGUAGAGGUUGCAGAUCAUUGGUUGAAUAUCACCUCAUAACUACAACAGGCCUAAUACAAGAACCCAGAGACUUCAUUUUCUAUUUACAGUUCUAAAAAUUCGUUACACUUCAUUAUUACAAAUCAUAUAAUCGAAUGUAACUAUAUGUUCACUGACACCAAAGACCUCAUCUUAACAGUCUAGUUUAUAACCCAAGGUGGGAACUCAACACACGCCUGGACACAUUCUGCUGAAGUCUUUAGCACUUUAUAAUCACAUCGCCAAUUUACAUUACAUAGUGCCAUGUUCUCACUGUUUUUUCUAGGUCAACCUGGCAUACUAAAUGCCAGCUGAAGGAAUUUAAGGGCUAGGAGCACUCGAACAAACUUAAAAACCACCACCACCACCACCUUGUGCUCACCCAAGAUUUUAAAGUACGGGCUCGCAGUACAGAAUAACUAGCAGACACUUAUGUACGGCACUUACUUUGUGAUGAUGCUCCAUUCUCUUAUACGCUGGACACCAACUCCUUUAUUCCUCACCAACACCCUUUUGAGGUAGAUAAGUUUAUUCUCCCCAUUCACAAAUGAGGAGGCUAAGGCACAGAGAGGUUAGUUCACACAGCUGGGAGGGGGGAAAGCCGGGACUGAAAACGCAGGCACUCCAAGCUCAGAGUGUGCGCACUCAGCCGCUGGGCAAUAAUGCUUCUCGGAGAGAGCACAGGACCGGGCAGGACUCAGUAUAGUGGCUAUUUGAUUUUUACUUUAAGAACUGUAAAGUAGAAAAAACGUGAAAAAAAGUUUCAAAAUGCCAAGAUAGUCCUAAAACAGUGCUGUGGCUAGCCACAUUUGCCUUACAGAGGAACCCCAGGGUUACAUGUUUGUUUAAACAAACGGUACAGAGUUGAGGACCUUUUAGUCAGAUAGUUUACUGGCCUGGAGCCGGGUGAUCUUGGGCACGUUGCUGUUACCUAACUAGUCUAGACUCCCUUCCCUCUGCUGUGGUCCAGGGUUGAGAGCACCAACCUCACCAGUUUAUGAGGAGCUCAAAGAAUAGGAGCUUUAGUUGAAAAUUCCCUUACAGUUCCAGGCAGUUUUUAUUUAGCACAAUGUGUUUAAGUAACCUGGUGACUAAUAAUGCUCAAGACAUUUUACAAGUAUCCAUCCAUAUCCAUUUUAGGCUAUGUAAAAUUCUACUUUAAUAUUCAAAUGGAUCAACCAUGACCACGAUAAACUUUAAAAGGAACGGUGUAAAAACCUUUGGCUAAUCUCAAAAGCAAGUAGUCCAGAAUGCACCAGUGUUUUUUGACCCUUUUGUACAAAGCCUUACUGGAAAUGACAGUAAAAUAGAAACAAAGCUAAGCCACGAUAAAUAGAAAA